AUGGCACGCAAAGGACGCAAAGCUACGAAACUGUGGUCGCUCUAUCCUAAGACCCAUGACGAUGUAGCACAGGUCUUAGAUGAGGAAGGGCUUCAAAUGGAUUUCUUGGAUGCCGAUGACGAGGCAACCAAUAUCGAGAACUGGGACACCAAUGUGAUGGGUCGAUUUAUAUGUCCAAACAGGGGGUGUUACUCCAGCGGUUGGUCGAGCAAGAAAGUCCCGAUUACCAUUCGCAUGUACCCUCAGCAGCGAUAUAAUGCACGAGUGUAUCACCAACGAUGCAGAAAUUGCAAAGCAGUCGGCCGACUUGUCCUCGAUACUGAAAGCUAUGUGGAAAGAGUGACUUAUUGGCUUAAAAAGUGGAAUGGAAUUGAGGUACAGCCACCUGGCUUCGUUGGCCAGAGCAGAGGACCGCACGACAGUGAACUCCCUGGUGAUGGCAAGCUUAUCUAUCUGAGCGCUGUCCUAUAA